AUGAGAAUGUUUGGAGUGUGCGGCACCGGAUGGAUUCGAAGAGAGGAUAUCGCGGCCAGGCCAGGUGGCAGGUGGCGUAAGCGAGGACGCGCGCAGAGGCGGACGCGGCGUACGCGGCGGCGCAACCCGCACGGCCCAGCGCCCGUCGCCGCGCGCUCGUGGCGAGCGUGCCUCCACGGGUUCGACGCCUUGGAUGAAGCGAUGUAG